CCAGCCAUCAGCAGCACUCUCAAAAAUAAAAUAAAUAUGACUCUCUUUCUCCUAGGAGGGAAAUCCCAGCUGACACCAGCACAGGCUUUCCCCUGUCCCGAGUGUCCGUACUCCUACAAGUCUCAGAUCUUCCUCCACAAACAAAUGAAGAGGAGCCAUGUCGACCUGUACGGCCGACUGCUGAGGACUGGAGAAAUCAAGGUGGAGCCUAGUCUCCUCCCAUACGUCGCAGCCUCCUAUCAAGAACCGAUCGGAGCCUCCCCGGGAACCGUCCAAAGCACGAGCGAGAUUCCAGCAGAAGGAGCCGGACGCCACAGAUGUGAGAAGUGCAGUAAAACCUUUAGUCGCCCUCGUAGUCUGAAGAGACACCAGCGCAUCCACAUGGGAGAGAAACCAUACCACUGUAAACAGUGUGGGAAAACAUUUAGACAAUCUAGUGAUCUGACGGUACACCAGCGCAUCCACACAGGAGAGAAACCAUACCACUGUAAACAGUGUGGGAAAACAUUUAGUCAGUCUGGUGAUCUGAAGAAACACCAGCGCAUCCACACAGGAGAGAAACCAUACCACUGUAAACAGUGUGGGAAAACAUUUAGUCAAUCUGGUCAUCUGGAGAGACACCAGCGCAUCCAUACAGGAGAGAAACCAUACCACUGUAAACAGUGUGGGAAAACAUUUAGUCACUCUGGUGAUCUGAAGAAUCACCAGCGCAUCCACACGGGAGAGAAACCAUACCACUGUCAGAAGUGUGGGAAAACAUUUAGUCGAUCUGGUCAUCUCAAGAGACACCAACAACUUCACAGAGGAGUCUCCACCCAAACAACCAUGUGAAGAAACUAAAUGGUUCCCAGACAUCUGUUAUUCAAAUUGAAUCAAACAUGGUUCUUGCUGUUAUAUGUUAAAAGGGCACAUGAACGGUUAAUUGUUUAUC